CUCCCUCACUCAGGAGACCAUAGGCCGAUGCUGGGCCAUUCAAGGUAGCGGCGUCAAGUGGCGGGUCGGUCGGCUUCUCUCUCUUAGCUCUUGAGCGGAGUGGCCAAACCGGUUGCUCGCUCUCGGCCUGAGAUGGACAGCCGCAACGGGGAUUUCAACAUCCUGCUGGCCACCGACUCCUACAAGGUGACUCACUAUCGGCAAUACCCACCUAAUACAACCAAGGUCUAUUCUUACUUUGAAUGUCGUGAAAAAAGGACAGAAAAUAUUAAAUCCAACAAGGUGCAAUAUGAUGAAACUGUCUUCUAUGGUUUGCAGUACAUUCUGAAGAAAUAUUUAGCAGGCAAAGUUGCAACAAAGGAAAAAAUUCAAGAGGCAAAAGAGGUCUACCGGGAACAUUUUCAACAUGAUGUGUUUAAUGAAAGUGGCUGGAAUUACAUCCUGGAGAAACACGAUGGUCACCUUCCAAUAGAAAUAAAGGCUGUUCCUGAAGGAAGUGUCAUUCCUCGGGGGAAUGUUCUCUUUACUGUCGAGAAUACCGAUCCAGAGUGUUAUUGGCUAACUAAUUGGGUUGAGACAUGUCUUGUUCAAACAUGGUAUCCAAUUUCCGUGGCUACCAAUUCCAGAGAGCAGAAGAAAAUUUUGGCCAAGUAUUUAAUGCAGACUGCUGGUAAUUUAAAUGGACUGGAGUACAAACUUCAUGAUUUUGGCUAUCGAGGAGUUUCCUCUCAAGAGACGGCAGGUAUUGGGGCAUCUUCUCAUUUAGUAAACUUCAAAGGAACUGACACAGUUGCAGGAAUCACCGUAAUCAAGAAGUAUUAUGGAACAAAAGACUCCGUGCCAGGCUUUUCAGUGCCAGCAGCUGAACAUAGUACCAUUACAGCAUGGGGAAAAGACCGCGAAAAAGAUGCCUUUGAACACAUAAUGAAGACGUUUUCUACAGUGCCUGUAUCAAUUGUCAGUGACAGUUAUGAUAUAUAUAACGCUUGUGAAAAAAUCUGGGGUGAAGACUUAAGAGAUUUGAUAGAAAGAAGGAGUGCUGAUGCUCCGCUCAUUAUUCGGCCAGAUUCGGGAAAUCCACUUGAUACGGUUUUACAGGUUCUUGAGAUUCUUGGAAGGAAAUUCCCACCAACAGAAAAUUCUCAAGGUUAUAAAGUACUUCCACCGUACUUAAGGAUCAUUCAAGGAGAUGGCGUGGAUAUCAACACUUUACAAGAAAUUGUACAAGGAAUGAAGGAGCAUAAAUGGAGCAUUGAAAACAUUGCCUUUGGAUCUGGUGGAGCUUUGCUGCAGAAGAUGACAAGAGAUCUUUUGAAUUGUUCCUUCAAGUGCAGUUAUGUGGUGACCAAUGGCCUUGGGGUAAAUGUUUUCAAGGAUCCGGUUAUGGAUCCAAACAAGCGAUCCAAGAAGGGCCGUCUGUCUUUGCACUGCAAGGCUUCAGGAGAUUAUGUUACACUUGAAGAGGGUAAAGGUGAACUGGAACCAAAUGGUCCUGAUCUACUGCACACUGUUUUCAAGAAUGGCAUAGUUGUAAAGAGUUAUACUUUUGAUGAAGUGAGGGAAAAUGCUCAACUGAAGAAUAAAAUGGAAAACUUAUAAAUCUGAGUUUAUUUAAAAUAAAUAACUGCAGAACGAUGUCCUAUGUCUAUUGCGGAUUCGGUGCACAGAUGUGUGUGUGUGUGUGCGUGUGUAUAUAUAUGCAGUUUUAAUUUACCUAUUAAAUCUAAACAUUUAUAAUUAUAUGCUGUGUCACAUAAACAGCAAAUGACGAUCAAGCGAAAAGUAAUCAUCCAGUGUGGUUUGUAUUUUUAACACUCAUUGUACACGGGGUUUGAAUAAUCUGUUGCUUUAAACAGCUGCUAUUUGUGUUUUAAAAUAUAGAUUGUGAAGUAUAAUAGUGGUUACUAGGAAUUAUGAAAAUGUACAAAUGUUCGACAAUGUGUUUGGACUAGAUCACUUUCAGUGAUGAAAGAAAAUUGGCCAAUAUUGGAAAUAAUUUUAACACAUUUUUUAGUGUGUGUAUGUGUGUAUAUAUAUAAAUAUAUAUAUAUAUAUAUCGAGCUCCUUUAUGAUCUUCCUUUUUUUUUUUAAAUGAAGGUACAGUCACAGUUCCAAUUUGGGAAUUAGGGCAACUUUGGAGAAUAAAGUAUCGGGGCUGUGCCAAAUCACCACAAUUGAUCAACUAAGCCUUUUUUCCCCCACACGUUUAGAUUUUGAAAGGAUGGAUAGUUAGUGGUGUGCUUUUAGCUAUAGAUGCGUGUGCUGAAAAAUGCACGCUUUUUAAGAGCAAACAAGCAGGAAGUAUCAAGUCUCAACUAGAGUUGUUCUUUGCAACAAUCAGAAGUGAUUUUAUGCAAGAGGUUUUUUUUUGUCAAGGAUAUUGAUAUUAAACUUUCAAUGCACUGAAGGAGCUUAUAGCUUUUAUUUCCGAAAUAGGAAGGUGACUUCCUUUGAAAUAACACUGAUUUGAGCUUUUUCUUUCAUACAAUUCCAUUUUUACUGACUCUCACUACCAGUUGUUCAUAUAUCAAUGGAAGAGGAAAUUCAAUGCCUCAGUAAAUGUGAAUGUAAACCCAACCUGUCUCGGAGCCAGAAGAAGAGGUGUCUAUGAAAUAUAUAACUAUAUAGGAGUUGCUUUAAAUUUGAACUCUUGCCCCAUUGCAGUUCUGGAUUCUGGAGAUGGUUUUAUGCACCAGCGGUGUAUAAUAUACUUUGUUUUCUUUGGUUUGACGUCUCCAGUUUUAGGUGAUACUUGGGUUUUUGUAUAUUCUUUACCAUGGCAAUUUACUUAUAUUAAAUCUGAGCAUAGGACUAUGCUCUGGAUUUUUUUAAAUUGGUAAGUGAACAUGAUGAUUCUAUUCAAGCUCCUGAAAAUAACACCUUUUUGGGUGGUGUUUAUGUUUUAUUUCCCCAAAUAAGCAUGAAGUAGAAGAAAUUUUGUUAUUUGUUGUAUUGAAUAUCUCAUUAAAAGUGAGCAGGUUCCAGUAAUUUGUUCUAAGAUCUUUGGUUUUCUUUUGCAAUUGGUGCCACAGUGAUGAUAGUCUGUCAAUAAAAGAAUGUUGAACAAGUGUUCAAAACUUUGAUCAGACAGAAUAGCAAAUAGAGGGAGCAAGAUUACAGGUGAUCAUUGGAACAUUUUUUUUUAUUAUCCACUGUGAUUUAAUUUUAAAAAUGCCACUAAAAUGUUUUUGUAUAACAUUACUGUUUUCAAUCUGCUUUACAUUCCGAAAAAAGGUAGUUGUAUUUAAUAAAAUACCAACCUUACCUGCCAAAUAUAAACAAUCCAUUCACAUAUAAAUGUUACAUGGGAAUUUCUGCAAGGAACUCCCCUUAGGAAUUAGUCACUGCAUAAAAUAAACAAUGUUCUGAAAUUUGCAGACUUUUUAUUUUCUGGAUGCAAAAACAAACUGUUGUGUUGUAUACAAAAUGUUGCUAUCUGAUUUUUAUGGUUGAUUUACAGAUGUUAAGUAAUAGGCUUGAACAUGUUCCAAUUCACAGUCCAACGAUCUAAGAAUUGAACAACCAGAAGGGAAAAUCUGGAAAUCAACAAUAGUUAUCCAAUGAGGAAAACCUCAGAUGUAAGCCAGGUGGCUUGCCUUUUUAUUACAAUGCAGAAAGAGGCUAUCGGGUCCAUGCCAGCUCCCAGCAGACCAUCCCUUACCCUCAGCCCUGCAAUUUUCUCUCUUACCCAUCGUUUUCCACUGGUCUGCAACAAGGGGUAAAUUUCCACUGGCUUGUUAAACCACACACACCCCCCUUUGGGAUACGAGUGGAAACCUGAGCACCUGACAGAAACAAAUGCAGUCAUGGAGAACGUGUAAACGCCACAGUUGGCACCAGAGGUCAGGAUCAAACCUGGGUCCCUGGAGAUGAAGAAACAGCAAUAACUACUGCACCAAUGUUCAGCCCAGUUUUGUUGUUUUCAAUUCCGACUCCUAAAUGGCCCAGUUAGCCUGAGUAGCAUUUUGGAUUCAGACCAACUGUUGAUCUAGUGUUAGCUUAUAGCACUUCUCAUCUUUAACCAGAUUAAUAAGGCAGCAACUUGUCUUCAUAGAGGAACAUCUCUUGGAGCUGCUAAUCCGAUUUUCAAUGGAGUAUAUGCAUAUUUUGGAUAUAUUUUAGUAAUGGUUGAAUGCACCUUUAAAACAGUAAUGUUGUCACAUUUCCUAAAGCUUACAGAAAUGUUGUAGGUACAACAGUCUUGUUUUCAAUAUAACUAGACAUUUCUGUUACUUUUGUCUAUAAAUUUGAGCCUUUACCCUUUUAUAAAUGUUAAACUUGUCUACAACACCAUUUUAAUUCUAUCAUAUCUGAAUUUGAGGUGGUUAGCUGUCCUAGAUACUAUUUUUAAAUUGAUUUCCUUGUAUUAUCUGAUCAAGAGACUUUAAAUAAUAAGGCUUUGUUUUUACACAAUGUGUACUUUGUAGAUUGGAAAAUCUGUCAGUGCAUCUGUAAUUCAACAUCAUUGCUUGCUUUUGCUGAACUUGACGCCAUUUGCUGUUUCCCAAUUUCUCUUAUAAAUUAUAUAUUUCCCACAAACCUGAAA